AUGCUGCCGUACCUCUUCCCUGACCUCGCCGCUUUUCCCACUGUCGCUGACCUCAUUACGCACCUUCGCACUAGUGACACUCGCUACCGCGCUGCGCUUCCUGCUGAGUUCUGCGCCAAGAACCCCCCCCCCAUGUACAUCACCCUCUACUACAUAGUCACUCGUCUCCCUGACACCCUUCGCUCGGUCAGGGACCACUUUCUCUCUGUUUGCCCCACCACUCUCACCGUUGACCUCCUCGAGGAGCGUCUCCUAGCAGCAGAGCAGCGCAUCUUUGCUGUAGGAGCCUCUCGUGGUGACCCUCGUACCCCUGUCUUUGAGGGGUGCUCCCCCUCCCCCCUCUUGCCCUCUGUUGCCUCUGCUGCUGCGGCCGACCUCGUUGUUCCUGAGUCGGUCGCAGUGGAGGCGGCGGAGGGAGUGGGAGUGGUGGUGGGAGUGGUGGUGGUAGUGGGGGCACUAGUGGGGGCAGUGGCGGCGGAGGAGGAGGCGGUGGUGGCAGCAGCGGUGGCGGAGGUGGUGGUGGUGGAGGCAGCGGCGGCGGAGGUGGCGCGGCUCGGGGCGACGCUACGCAGAGGGUCGGCUCCGGUGGUGGUCCGCGUCACCAGCAGCAGCAGCAGCGCUCUCGUGACCCCCCCUUCCCCCCAGCAGCUGCGUGAGUGGUACGCUGCUCGUCAGCGGGGCGGGGGUGCUGGCCCCUGUACCUACGUUCUCCGUACUGGCGACCGCACGGGUGAGCAGUGUGGGGGGGCGCACUCCACCCAGCGCUGUUUCGGCCGUCUGACGGACGCUUGGCGUCACCAGUUCCCCGACGCCACUGAGAUCCCUCGCUGGGGCGAGCUGUCUAGGGCGGGUGUUGCGAUCUUUGAUCUUGAUUAUGAUGCUAUUCUUGCUGCCAUGUAUGCUGCUGCUGCUCUAGGUGCUGGUGAGGCUGCUGCUCUAGGUGCCAGUGCGUCUGCCGCCCCAGGUGCCGUGGCAGUCUCCCUGGCAGACCCCUCUGGGGGCCCUGUCCUUGCCCGCUUCUCCACUGUCCUACCGUGUCCGGCGGCCCCUUCUGGCACCCUGUCAGGUCUUUACCUCCCCUCGUUCUCUACGAACUUGGUGAGUGGUGCUGACCUCCAGGAUGCAGGGGUUCACCAGUUCACUCCUGCGAGUCAGCGAGUGACCCACUGUACCUGUGCUCGGUCGGGCCGUCACUUGGCCACGUUUACCCGUCAGCCGGGGUCGAGCCUGUACACACUGACUACUGAGUCUCCUCCAGUCGCUGAGUCUGCUCAGGUAGCAGCGUCGGGUCAGGUGUUUGCUGCAGCGUCCAGGUCUGGCCCUGAGUCUGCCCCCUGCUCGUGUCGUUCCCUGUCCCACCGGACUCUCCUCUGGCACCACCGUCUUGGUCACCCCUCCCUGCCUCGUCUUCGAGGCAUGGCUUCCCGUCUUCUUGUCUCUGGCCUCCCCCGGUCCCUCCCUCCCCUUCCUCCGGGGCCUGCCCCCACCUGCGUUCCCUGCGUCGAGGGGCGGCAGCGCGCUGCUCCUCACUCCUCCGAGUUUCCUCCGACAGAGGCUCCGCUGCAGACGCUUCACCUGGACGUGUGGGGCCCAGCCCGCGUCCGUGGGCAGGGUCACGAGCGUUACUUCCUGUUGGUGGUUGACGACUACUCGCGUUACACCACAGUCUUCCCCUUGCGCACCAAGGGUGACGUCACUGAGGUGUUGAUCGCCUGGAUCCGCACAGCUCGUCUCCAGCUCCGGGAGAGUUUCGGCUCGGACUUUCCUGUUCUGCGUCUGCACUCCGACAGAGGCGGAGAGUUCUCCUCUGGCCUUCUGCGGGCCUUCUGUCUUGCACGGGGCAUCCGCCAGACCUUCACGCUUCCGGCCUCUCCACAGCAAAAUGGGAUUGCUGAGCGCCGCAUUGGCAUGAUCAUGGACGUCGCUCGUACGUCCAUGAUCCAUGCGGCUGCCCCCCAUUUUCUGUGGCCGUUUGCGGUUCGGUACGCGGCGCAUCAGAUCAACCUUCACCCCCGGGUCUCCAUGCCGGAGACCUCCCCUGCUUUACUGUGGACGGGGAAGGCUGGCGAUGCGUCUGCGUUCCGUGUCUGGGGAUCUCGGGCGUUUGUCCGCGACUUGUCUGCGGACAAGCUGUCCCAGCGUGCUGUUCCCUGCGUCUUCCUUGGCUUCCCUCCUGACGCGCCAGGCUGGCAGUUCUACCACCCCACCUCGCGCCGUGUCCUGCCCUCUCAGGACGUCACCUUUGACGAGUCGGUUCCCUACUACCGUCUCUUCCCCUACCGCACUGCGUCCCUCCCUCCCCCGCCGCUCUUCCUUACGCCAGGUCCCCCUCCGGUAGACCCCCUCCCCCCUCAAGGUCCUGCUCCCUCAGGUGUGUCCCAGGUAGAUGCGGUCGAGCCUGUCGAGGUUGCUGCUGACUCUGGUGCUGCUGGGGGUGCUGAGCCUGGGGGUGCUGGGUCUGGGGGUGCUGCGACUGGGGGUGCUGAGCUUGGGGGUGCUGCGCCUGGGGGUUCUGAGCCUGGAGGUGCUACGCCUGGGGGUGCUGAGCUUGGGAGUGCUGAGCCUGGGGGUGCUGCGCCUGGGGGUGCUGAGACUGAGGGCGCUGUGUCUCGGAGUCCGGCGCCUGAGGGUGCUGAGCCUGGAGGUUCUUCGGGUGCUUCGGCACGGCGUGAGCUACUCUCUCGACAGGAGCUGCGUGAGUGGUUUGCCCGGCGCUGGAGGCGUGCUGCUGGAGCUGGCGCUGCUGCGGACGCUGGAGGUUCUGCUGCUGCUGAGGGUGCUGGUGCAGCGGGUCCCGGAGGUGCUCGUACAGGGUGUACUGGAGCUGCUGGGCCUACUGGUGCUGCUGACGCUGGUGCUGCUGGUGCUCCUGGAGCUGGAGCUGCUGCGUCUUCUGGUGGUCUGACUGGAGCUGGAGCUACUGGGGGUGCUGGCACUGGAGGUGCUGCUGGCGCUGGUGCUUCUGGGGGUGCUGGAGUUGGCGCUGCUGGAGCUGGGGGUACUCCUGGUGCUGGUGCUGCCGUUGGUGGUGCUGGUGCUGUUCCUGCUGGCGCUGGUGGCGCUGCGCGGCCCCGGCCGUACUUCGUUCCGCUCCUUGAGCAGGUUCUUGGUCUUCCGUCCUCUCUUGGUCCUGCUCCUCGCUUCGAGUGUCCGCCUCCUGUCCAGUCUGAGUCACAGUUACAGCCAGCCUCCCCGCUUCCUUCUCCUUCUCCCUACACUGGUCCUACUGGAGGUCUUGCUGAGCGUCGUGAGCCUGCGUCUCGCCCUGCGUCGCCUGUCCGUGCUGCUCGCACUAGUGGUCGUGGUUCGCGUCAGCGUCCUCCCCCUGUCCCCGGCACGCACCGGAUGACUCUGCGUCCUUCCACUGCUCCACUGCGUGCCCCUUUGCCUUCUCCUCCCGAGUCCUCUCUUCCUGCGCUUCCUGACCCGGAGUCGGACUCCCUUCGUGCUGCGCGUCCUACUGUCACGCGUCUCCUUGCUACUGUCGUCACUGACCCUUCCUUUGAGUCUACUGCUGCGUCUGCCCUAGUUGCUGAGCUUGUCGACUUCGCUGCUCGCUGUCGCCUUGACUACGCUGCCAGUCUCGUCGCUGAGUCUGAGUCUGUCUGUCCUCCGUCCGUCGGGGGUGUGUGUGCUCUUGGCACGGACGUCCUUGAGGACAGGCAGCCGGAGUUCCAGUGCUUGGUUGCUGCUUCACCUCAUCUCGUGUCCGUGCUGCUUGCCCCUGAGGGAGACCCGGAUGCACUUGACAUCCCGACUCCGCGCUCUUACGCGGAGGCGAUAGAGGGUCCCUACUCCUCUCAGGUGAAGCGGCCGCCGGGUUCUCCGCCUGUCUUCAAGGCGCGUUACGUGGCUCGUGGCUUCAGUCAGCGGCAGGGAGUUGACUACUUUCAGACCUUCUCUCCCACCCCGAAGAUGACCACUCUUCGGGUACUGUUGCACGUAGCCGCUCACCGAGACUACGAGCUGCACUCUCUGGACUUCAGCACAGCUUUCUUGCAGGGCAGCCUGCACGAGGAGAUCUGGCUGCGCCGCCCACCUGGCUUCACUGGGACUUUUCCUCCUGGCACCCAGUGGAGCCUCCGGCGACCAGUCUACGGUCUCCGCCAGGCACCUCGUGAGUGGCACGACACACUGAGGACUACACUUGCGGCUCUUGGGUUUGCUCCUUCUACAGCCGACCCGUCGCUGUUUCUGCGCACUGACACUUCUUUGCCGCCGUUCUACAUCCUCGUGUACGUCGACGACUUGGUCUUUGCUACAGCUGACACUGCUGGACUCGCCUACGUGAAGUCCGAGCUGCAGAAGAGACACACGUGCACAGACCUGGGUGAACUGCGCAGCUACCUUGGCUUGCAGAUCACCCGGGACAGAGCACAGCGCACCAUUACCCUGACUCAGUCACACAUGGUGCAGCAGGUCCUUCAGCGCUUCGGCUUCACGUACUCCUCGCCUCAGGCCACUCCUCUGUCUACACGCCACUCGCUCUCAGCUCUGCCUUCGGAUGAGUCCGUAGAGUCGAGUGGCCCGUACCCAGAGCUUGUUGGCUGCCUCAUGUACCUGAUGACCUGCACUCGACCUGACCUUGCAUACCCUCUUAGCAUUCUGGCACGCUAUGUUGCUCCUGGGAGACACAGACCAGAGCACAUGGCUGCAGCGAAGAGGGUGUUGCGCUACUUGUGCAGUACGUCGGGCAUGGGGCUUGUGCUUGGAGGGCAUAGUCCAGUAGUCCUCACUGGGCACGCAGACGCUUCUUGGGCUGACGACCAGGCUACGCAGCGGUCGUCACAGGGUUACACUUUCAGCCUUGGUUCCGGCUCUGUUUCGUGGCGGUCUACCCGCUCGUCUUCUGUUCUCGGCUCCAGUUGCGAGGCUGAGAUCUACGCAGGGGCCAUGGCUGCACAGGAGCUACGCUGGCUCACCUACCUGCUGACUGACCUGGGAGAGCCGCCUCGUUCUCCUCCAGUGCUGUACGUAGACAACAAGGCCAUGCUGGCCUUGUGUCGGGAGCACAGACUGGAGCACAGAACGAAGCACAUCGCUCUUCGCUACUUCCUUGCUCGUGAGCUGCAGCAGCGCGGUCAGCUUCGUCUUGCUUACGUGGCCUCUCAGGCCAACACUGCUGAUAUCUUCACUAAGGCACUCGCGCCUUGUGAUCAUCAGCGCUUCUGUACUCAGUUAGGUCUUGUGCCUACCUUGCCUCACUUGCUCGCCUCUUGA